ACUCAGAACAGAGCAGAUUACAACAGUCUUCCAGGUUUCUUAAGCAUAACCGUUAACCUUUUCGUCUCUUAAUCCAUUACAUUGCUCUUCUGUAUAAUACCAAUACCCAGCUCGAGUCCACAACACCACAAAACCCAUCAUCACCGCCCAACAUCCAACAUGACCAUCUACUCCGCCUCCAACCGCUCCAUCGAGUCCAUCGACCCCCUCAAGCAGGCCCAGACACCCCAGACCCCUCCCGUCUACACGCCCCAGUCUGAGACCCCCGAGUAUCGCCAGUCUCCUCGCAUGUCCCAGGAACAGCAGCAGUCUGCCCCCGCCAGCACCAAGCCCACCAUCGGCGAGCGCUUCCACAAGAUCAGCUCCAAGGCCGGAUGGCCCUUGAACAAGGCGGCUAAUGUCAUCGGCGCUGAGGGAUGGUGGCCGACGAGCAUGAAUAAGGAGUGCAACAAGGCUGCUCGCAUCCUCCACUCCUUCACCCAGCUCGACGCCUCCGCCCCGCCGCCCAAGGCCAGCGGCCCCAUGCACCCGACUGGCCUGACCCGCAAGUCCAUGGUCAAGAUCCCCCCGGCCGUCCUCCGCAACUGCGCCGGCCUGGCCAUCUUCAACGUCCUCCGCGCCGGCGCUUGCCACAGCUCUCUCGCCGGCGGCUCCGGUGUCAUCGUCGCCCGCCGCUCCGACGGCACCUGGUCUCCUCCCUCGGCCUUCAUCGUCACCACCCUCGGCGCCGGCUUCAUGUUCGGCCUCGACGUCUACGACUGCGUCUGCGUCCUCAACACCCAGGAGCAGGUUGCCGCCUUCACCAAGCCCCGCGUGUCUCUCGGCGCCGAGGGAUCCAUCACCAUGGGCCCCAUUGGCUCCGGUGGCCAUGUCGAGUCUGCUGUCAGCAAGACGGCCAAGCCUAUGUGGAGCUACAUGAAGAGCCGCGGCCUGUGGGCUGGUGUCCAGAUCGACGGCACCAUCAUCCUGAGCCGAUCCGACGCGAAUGGCCUCUUCUACAACGAGCGCGGGAUCACUGCCCAGAAGAUCCUCUGCGGUGACGUCGCCUGGCCCAUGGGCGCCAAGCCCCUGUUCGAGGUCCUCAAGGCUCUUGAGGGCCGCCAGGACUAUGACCGCACCAUCGUCCAGGAGGUCGGCAUGGUUCCUCCCCCGAGCGAAGCCAUCCUGUCCGACAAGCGAUCGUCGGCGUCUUUUGUUUCAGAGCCCCGACGCCAGUCCGAGGUGGUCAACAUCGUCAACUACGACGAGAAGACUGCCUACAGGGAUGAGCCUGCGCCGGAGUACAAGGACGACGACAAGCCACAGUACAACAAGGAUGCCGGCAAGCCCGAUGACAAGGACGACGAGGACUAUGACAUGGUUGCCGACGAGAAGGAGAGACUUGCCAAGUCAGGAUACUAGGUGCUAGGGGUUGAUUGUUUGGCGUUUUCGGAAGAAAUUGGGUUGCAUACAUUGACUGGGUUCUCACAUCUUCAUUCUUUUUCCUUUGUUCAUGAGUGGUCGGUUUGGAUUAAUGGCUAUGUCAUUCUUUCCUUGGGUUCGGUAUCAUAGAUCGGUAUACCAUCAACAGCUUUUUAUUUCACCACUUC